AUGGACGGAUCCAGCACGUUGGUCAUCAACCCAAGCUCAUCGUCCAUUGUCGCCCAAGGUGCCGGUACAGACGGGAGCGGGCAGGACUUCAACCUUCCCGCCAUCCUCUGGCUUGGAUUCGCAUUUGCCGCGGGCGCGCCGCUCGCCCUCGCAGGCAUCCGGUUGUGGAGGGUCACCACAGGAUUGGGUGUCGGACUUGGUGUUGCCCUCGGAGCCUGGGCCGCGUUCGUGAACACCGUGAGCGCAGACGGAUUGCCCGAUCUUGUGCUCGCUAUCAUCGUCCUCGGCGCCUUUGGAGUUAGCUUUAUUGCCGGUGUGCUCCCGUUCGGACGGUGGGCUGGCAUCAUCCUCGUUGGUGCCCUCGGAGGCAUGUCCAUAGGUUUCCGCGUCGUCCUGCUCCGCCCAGGCCUCCUCAUCCCAACAUACGUCCUCAACUGGCUGGUCAUCGUCGCCUUCAGUAUUCUCGGCCUAGCAGGGAUCUUGGUCAAGCAACGUGUUGGAGUGACGAUCAACACUGCUGCGAUUGGCUCGUUCUUGAUUGCAUUGGGUGUGGAUUUAAUCAUCCAGAAGCAAGACGGUCUCAGUUUUGGCCUUCGGUUCCUCCUGGACCGGAAUGACUCGCAUUUUCUGAGUAUCGUUUUCCGUGGUUACAAUCCCUCGCUUAGGACGCAGAUCGUCAUUGGCGCUUCCCUCGGCGCAACUUUCAUCCUCGCACUUUUGCAGUACCUGAUCUUCAAGGCUUCCUUCUACCCUCUACGGACCCAGACCGACUCGGACGCUGCAUCUUAUGUCGAGGACGAGCCCGCUCUCGUAACUUACGGCGGUGGCAAGCCAGCCGACAUGUUGACGAAACGCCUCACGGGGAAGCAGCUCCUCAAGAGUCGAUUCAGUCACUACUAG